AUGUAUUUGAGUACGGAAAAAUAAAUUAUUUUUCUAUAGGUGUAAUAUGAAAUAAAUCGCGAGCUCUACGCUAGUACGCUCACAGUUUCUAUAGUAACGUACGGUUUUUGCCGUCACUGCUGUAGAUCAAUACUAUAUUUCUCCUCUCUACAUACCUACUACUACCCUUGAUUAUUCCAUGCAGACCUUACGUUGUUUACUUUAUUUACACAUUAUCUCGUCGUCUGUUGAACACAUUUGUUCGAUACUAUAAUAUUGCGUUUUGUUUUGAUUUUUUUCAUCAAAUCGGGAGUUGUGUGAUUAGUGUUCAUUAUUGAAACGUCAUUUAUAUAACAUUAACGAAUAGAUGUUGUUAAAUUAAGUGUAACACGUAAAAUCUACAAGCUUAAAAUCCCAGUUUUUAAAUUUAAUAAAGCUCAAAAGUCGCAUUCAAAUAACAGAAUGCAUAGUUUUGGUUUGCAGUCAGCUUUGGCGAUUCGACGUCAACGUAAGAGACGAGCUGAACUUAAACGACACAUGGAAAGACGUCGCCUUAGUUCUCAAUCAAUAGAAAGUGGGAUUCAUGGUUCUAAAUCUACAGUAACGAGCCCAACAGAAUAUCAUGGAUCUGUUGGUAGCCUAUCACAAGGACCAAGGAGAAGAAAGAGACCACCUAAAAUGCUUGAUACCAAAGUCGCUUCUAGCAUAGGCAUGCUUCAUGUUGGUGUGGUGUUUCUAGUUUUGGGUCUUUUUUUGAUUGGGUCUGGUAUUAUACCUGAUGAUUAUGUUUCUUGGGGUUCAAAAAAUUGGGUUAAUGAACUUGUAAUAACUGGUAUAACUUCAAGUUUAAUUGGUAUCUUUUUGCUCAUAUUGAAUCAUUUCAUUAACCGCAAAGCAGAAUCAGAUUUAGCUGCUUAUGUAGAACGCCAAUUGACCAGAACAAGAUCAGGCAGAAGAUUGGUACCAGACGCAGAGACUGGUGCUAUGCAUACAAAGCAACAACAUAAAGUAAGACAACAGAAUCAAAGUCAACAGCAAAAUUCUCCUGGUUCAGAUCUUGAUCAAAUUGCUGAAGAAGAAGCAUCUGGUUCGGAAUAUAGACCUGUUGAUCAAUAUAAUAAUCCUGAAAUAGAGAGACGGCAUCCAGAUAGGACCCAUAAUGCAUAUAAUAGGGAAUUAUUGGUAACACGGUGUUAUGAUACUACUGAAGCAUAGUAAGUUGUAAUAAAUUAACUUGAUAAGUAGUUAAAAAAAAAAAAUGACAUUAAG